AUUCAUAUAUUUUAAUCAAUUAGUUUUUACAUCUUUUGAUCUUCAGGAAUCUUAGAGAAGAAACAUUAAAAGAUAUUUGCAAACGAAAGAAAUUAUAAUUCAUUUUGCAUACUGAAAUAGUUACUGCCCGACAUUAUCCUUUUUAGAAAGAAAUUAUCGACCCCGAGUUGAACGUAGUAAAUGUAUAACGUACCAAAGCCGAUUUUUUCAAAUGACGAAUCACACUGCUUAGGACAGACAUUGAUAUCACAAUAUAUUAUAAUAUCGAGAAGUUUUAUUCUUGAGAAAUGUAAUCGUGUUCAUCUUAUCCUGUAGAGAUUGUUAGUUAUUUAUCCUGCGGUAUAGAUCAAUCUUCUUCUUCCAUGUCCCUUCCGGAUUUCCCACGGUAAACGAAACCAUGAUUAAUGUUAGAAAGUAUAUAUUGCGAAUAGUAUUUUCAAAUGAGAUCUAAGAUGAUAUACCAAUGAUCUAUUGCUAUACCGAAGUGCUUACUACGAAGGUUGUUAUUUCUCAGAUCUUUACGGUGUUCUUAUCUACACUGAUGCUCUACAUUUAUUUAUAUUCAUAUAUAGUAUAUACGCGCGAAAAAAUCGAUCGUUCUAUGUACAUAGACAUUCAAAAUAAUCGAGCUCGUCAAUGUCAACAAUAAAUCUUUACAAAUGUUCUGUACAGAAUUUAUUAACUUUGGUGAUGUUUAGUAGGAAUAAAACUGUUUUCAUUUUUCCUACGAUUCUAAUUUGUUUAGUACAAAAUUUAACACCAUCCGUUUUACUUUACACAUUUAUUUGUCUUCAAUCUGAACGUAGAAAUUAUAUUUUAUUGUCAAAGGAAAUGAAAAUUUUACAAUUUUCUCGAUCUAUUUAAAAUAAAUCUAAUUACUGAUGUUACUUAGGAGAACAGUAUUAGUACAUAACAAUAACGACGUUAAUCCCUACACAGUUUUCUAGAUUAUUACAGCGCAAAAGUCGAUGGGUGCUUCAUAUUCCAACGAAUACAAUAGUACAUAAUAUACGUAUAUCCUAUAAUGACGUUAAUCAUUAUUUCAUACUAGUUUCUGCAAUAUUUUUCGACAAUAUAAGAAAGUAUUAAGGUAAUCUUAACUGUAUACAUGAAGACUAUUACAGAUUCAUGUUCGAUUUCGUUGACCCUAUUCUCUAUUACCUAAUUUUUAUUUGAUUUUGUGAUUUGUUAACAAUGUAUCCGAAAAUUAUUACAUAUAUAAAUCCUAAACCUUUUCGAAUAGUUACGAUUGCCACAAUAACUAAAAUUUAAGGAUAAAAUUGGACCGAGAGAUGACUGUAAUGUCAAGAAUUAAAUGAUGGGAGUGUUAUGUAUACGUAAUUUUUUAAACUUAAUACCGAAUACAAGUAACGUUUUGUAUAGCGGAAAAAAGUAUGUAAACAUGAAAAAUAUUAUAGACUUAUUAAAGAGUGCCUUGUUAUAUCUCUGUUAUCACGCAUUGAUUAAAAGAAUCUCGUUUUACAAAAGCACUGUUUGAAAUUCCACGGAAUCGCACGGCUACAAUGAUUUUCUACCGGUACCAUCGGCGUACGAUGAUGUACCUUUUUUUUAUUACGUUUUUCGAAAAUGUACGAUGCUUAUGAUCUAAACAACUAGAAUCGUUACGGAUAUUUUUGUAUCGGAGUAACGCUCGGGGAGGAGAAGAUUACAUUUACAAUAUUUAUUAAUUACCAUAAGACUUACCAUACUAACAGUACGAUUAGACACGGCGACGAUUGCUACUUUGUACAUUUAUGUAAUAAGUCUUGGACGGUGGUGCUGUUCACAGACAUGUAAUUUUAUAUCGAACUUUGUAACCAUUGUAGAUAUUUUGUGUAAUGUAUUUUUUAUUGAUAUUUAUUAAAAACACAUUUUGAUACUACAUUAACGGAAUUCAUCUUGGAAUUCCUCUUACUAGUGUUCCAUAAUGCAGACCAAUAAAGUCUCAAAGUUAUUUUCAUUUCUUUAUACGCAUUUACCUUCUUUCAAGAAAUCCUCUUGCACCAUAAAAUUCCUCUUCCAACGUAAAAUUAAUAUGAAGUUAUAAACUGAAAUAGUUUUUUGGAAAAUACUAUAGGACAUUAUUUGUAGUUGACGAUUAUAACUAAAAAUUCUGUAUGAACCAUUUUUCACUAGCGUCGAUAGUUUUACUUCGUUUUAUGAAAGACAAUUUUCAUUAAAAUUCCAUAAAGUGGGGCCGGAUUAGAAUUUGAAUUCGAAGCUUAUGCCGCUAGGUGGCGAAUAGCUAAUCGACGUAACUCACGCGCAGUCUCGCAGAUCCGUCCAGUAAGAUAAAGCCAGUACGAGAAUACAGUGAGGACAGUAACUAUGCUUUACAGGUUAUAUUUAUUUAAUUUCACUUAAAAAGCAGUAAAGGUAUUGAAAUAAGUGGAGAAACAAAUAAAAUGUCACAACAAGCCGCGCUAGUACAGACUACUAGCGCAGGUUCUGACAUGACACCUGUGCUCGGUAGUAUACAGUCAAUCGGACCUAAUACACAGACAACGUCUACUGUACCGAAUAUACAAAGUGGUAACACAGGAGUACAAAUAAUACAGCCGCAGACACAGUCUCAACAAACGCAAUUCGUAUCGCAACCUCCGAAACAGCAGCCGGUACAACAAUCAGCGGCUCAACAGCAACAGCAGCAGCAGCAGCAGUCACAACAACAGCAAAGUUCCUUCAAUGAUUUUCCACAGUUUUUGACUAAAACGCGAUUACAAGAUCUCGUGAAAGAGGUAGAUCCUACGGAACAGUUGGACGAAGAGGUUGAGGAAAUGCUGUUGCAGUUGGCAGAUGAUUUUGUAGAAACGACUGUGAAUGCAGCAUGUUUGUUAGCUAAACACCGUCAUGCAAAUACUGUGGAAGUAAAGGAUGUACAACUGCACUUGGAAAGAAAUUGGAAUAUGUGGAUUCCUGGCUUUGGCACAGAUGAAGUACGCCCGUAUAAACGUGCAACAGUCACAGAGGCUCAUAAACAAAGAUUGGCACUUAUACGAAAAUCAAUCAAAAAAUAUUAGUCUUCCUGUACAUUUCAGUCUACGUUAUUACUUUUUAUAAUCAUUAACUGACAAUUCUUUUAUAUUUACACAAUAGUUUAUAUAUAUGUAAUUAAUACUUUU